AGCUGGAUCGGGAUGUCGGGGAAAGUGAGGCACAGAACGUCAGCGAAUGCGGCAGACUCCGCAACUCAAUCGGUGAACGAAAAGAUCUUGAAAGAAUGCCAUUCUCUUUACAUCGAUCCAGAAAACGGCCUGGUGAAGAUUGCUGAAAGUCUGGGGAUCAGUCUGCUGGCACCAAGGAAGAAGAUCACUGUUUUAAUGAUAGGAAACCACUCUGCUGGAAAAAGUUCUUUCAUCAAUUGGUAUGUUGAAGAGCAUGUCCAAAGAACUGGCGUUGCCAUAGAGACUCAGGGUUUCACCUUCGUCACGAGUGGCCGCAAGCGAGAAUCUUUAACGGGAAAUGCCACAUUACAUCUGUAUCCUCAUUUUGAACCACUGCGACAGAUUGAAGGUGUCACAGAUUACUUGACCACAGAAAUUUCUACUUCCAAGCAGAAAAGAUUCAGUCUGGUGACAUUUGUAGACACUCCUGGCUUAGUAGAUGGAGAUAUGAAGUAUCCAUUUGAUGUCAAUCAGUCCAUUUUAUGGCUAGGAGAUUUAGCAGAUCUGAUCUUUGUGUUCUUUGAUCCAAUUGGACAAGCUUUAUGCAAGCGAACUUUGAACUUGGUGGAAGAACUAAGUCACAAACAUGCUGAUAGAAUGAGAUUUUACCUGAGCAAGGCAGACGAGGCGGGACAUGAAAGUGACAGACAGAGAGUGAUGAUGCAGAUUGUCCAAGAACUGUGUAAACGACCAGGACUCAACAGGACUGGGUUUGACAUGCCCACAAUAUAUGUACCCAACAUGAACUCAAAGGGAAGUCGUUGUGCCAACCAGAUAGAGGAGGUGUGUAAAGACAUAGAGAAGACCAUUAACCAAACGAUACAGAAUACACUUAAUAGUCUGGAGCGUGACUGUCACCAGAUCGCAGACAUGGUCACCACUAAACUUAAGGAAGACAGCAUGAAGGCAUCAGACAACCUGCGAGCACGGUUCCGUGGAGCUGCAUGUGGUUUCUGUGGACUCAUUCUGCCUAUGCUACUGCUGACGACUUUCCUUUUUAGCACCAGAAAGGACUUUGUGAAGAAGAUGCUGGGCAAUAAUCUUUAUGUCACCAUCUACGGUUACUUGGGUAUACUGGUGUCGGUGUGGGAGGGGAUACCUAAAGAAUAUUCAUCUUAUGUCCUGUUUGGAAUCCUUGGAGUUGCUCUGUUAAUGCUGCUCAUCGCUAAGUUUGCCUCGAUGACAAAAACCACGUUAUCUAGAAAACAGAAACGUUCUCUUGGAGAAAUAAAAGAUCAUGUUCUCACGACAGUCAAAGCCAAGAAACAAAGCCUUUAUUCAGAAUACCUGAAACAAAGCGUGGCAGAUCAUGACCUCUGAUGACCCCUUGAUGACCUAUGACCUUCAGCUUAUCCAAGUUUUUGAAGAAGCAAUACUCCUUGAUUACGGGACCAAAUUUUCAUAUUUCAUUGAAAAGUCUUCACCUAUUUAUUUUUCAUACUAUGUUAUGAGUAUCACCAAAGAAUUUCCAGAUAUUUUUGUUGAUUACAAAGUGCUGAUUAAUAAGUGUUUUAUCAACAUUUUUACCUCAAAACAAUUUUUUGUUGGUGUGCUUAAUUUGAUUUGUUGACAAGGUGUUACAUAGUGCCAUCUGUGAAAUGAAAAUAUUUUUCUUGUCAUUAAAAAAAGAAAUUUGAAAAACACUUAUGUUCGUAAUCUUGACAAAGUAAGGUUUUAAGUAUAAAUCUAGAUUUACCUCUAAAGGAAAUUUAAGACAAACAUAUGGAAACAUAUUUCAGGACAAAUCUGUUAGAAUUUGAAAUUGUAUCAUUGCAGUGGAUGUAGAUAAUCAUAUUGUUCUGUUUUAAAUAAAUGUAGAUAAAAGGAUUCAGAAACAUAUUAACUAUUUUAAAUGUAAAUGAAUCUCGUUCAGAUUUUUCCUCCUUUUUUUUUGAGUUUGCUGUUGCUAGUAAUUGGUUCUUCAGGUGUUUGAUGAAUGGUGGUAGUGUUGUAGAGAUACAUGGUGCGGGAUUUUCUAUUUACUUACUAAUUCUAGUCGUCAUGUUCCAAUUAGUCUCGUCAUACAUCUCACUUUGAAUAAAAGAAUAAUGUAAGAAACCGUUUGAAAGUGAAACCUUACUAAAAUUACUAAAAAAUUAAACCUUAACAGAAGUAUGGUGAAUACAUUUAUCUGAUAAGUGUUUUGAAUUAGCUUAUCCAUAUAUAUAUAUAUAUAUAGAAUGUGACGAAUUCUGUUGCUAGGGAACGUUUUUUUUGUGGCCCUGCAUGUUUAUUUUUAUAACACAUGUAUUUUUGUUAGAAUUUUACGAUUAAUAGAUUCUUGUGUGUUUUAUUGGAUGAUCGAUAUAAUUAAAUUUCAAGAUAAGAAAAUAAGCUGGAAAAAGGAUCGUACAAUAUUUGGAAGACGUGCAAUAACGUAAAUAACAUACAUAUCAUCACCAAACAAUAAACAUUACAUUUUAAAUUAGCAUUGUCAUCAUUUUCAUUAUCCUUCAUUGAAUUUCAAUUUUGUUUGUUUCUGUUAAUAUGUUAUCACUAGAAAUUAUUUUAAUCUCAGGAUAGUCUAAUCUAAAAUAACUGCAUUUUCUUAGAGGAAGAAGAGAAUGCUAAAGGUUAAAUGUCUCAAAAUGGUUCUUGUGCUAAACAGAACUGUUACUUUCUGGAUAUUACAUAAAUGUCUCAGUCUUGGUAAAGCCACAGGUUAUGCAUCAAACAUGAAAAUUUUCACAAGCACAAUUUCAGCUUUGAGAAUGUAAUUUCAGUUCUGAAACAUGUAGUUAUAAGAUUUGAUUAGUCUGUAGGCUGUUACAGAUCUUGUAGUCUGCAGGCUGUUACAGAUCUUGUAGUCUGUAGGAUGUUACAGAUCUUGUAGUCUGCAGGCUGUUACAGAUCUUGUAGUCUGUAGGCUGUCACAGAUCUUGUAGUCUGUAGGCUGUUACAGAUCUUGUAGUCUGUAGGCUG